AACUUUUAUCCCCCAGCCUGGCAGCACUGACCCUGGGCUGCGACUCGGGGGAUCUGGGCUCCUUGUCCCGAGUGCAGCUGCUCCUGCUGGACCGGAUCGGACCGGUGACCCUGCACUCUCCCGUGGAGGACUAUCUCCCGGACCAGACCAGACCUGUUGACGACAUGCUGACGCCGUCAGAAACCGUCACUUUGAUAGCAGGGCGGGUGAGUCGGCGUCUCUGCGGCUCCGCCUCGCGUCUGGGGGCCGGCCUUCAGUGCGAGGUGUCGGAGGGCGGAGGACGGCUUUUACUGGCGUCAAACGGCUCACCUCGCAUUCCCUCCCCCUUCUUCUCCUCCAGGCGCUUAACAGCUUUUUCCUCGCCAAGAGGAACAAUGUUUGCACCUGGCACGCUCCUGCAGACAGGCCCUCGGGGGCCCCUCACAGCGGGCCACCUCCCUGAACACUGCGACUCGGCGUGGAAGGUUCCAGGAGACGACAAGUUGGACUGGUCUGCAGGAGCUUCCAGGUGUCCUUCCCCGGGCGCCAUGAGGAGGAGUCUCUCACAAGACGGUCCCCCAUCCAGCGACAUGGACCACGGUUCUGACAGUGGUGGUGAGGCUCCAGGAUGGAAGAACCCGGGCGAGAACUUUCCUGAAAAGAAGGACUGGAGGUCAGAGGAGCGGAAGAACAAGGUUCUGAAGAUGCUCUACAAGCUGCAGGACCACUCGGCGCGUCGACCCAAACUCUGCUCGGACUUUGACGACUUCGACUUUUUGGCAAAGUUCUGCAUCUUCAGUCCGGAGAAGCUGGAGGACUACAAGGAAGCUUUUCAGGCGGAGGACACCGACCAGGACGGCUACAUCUCCUGCAUCCAAGUUGUGGACGCCCUGAAAAGCAUCGUCCCUGCCGAGCUGCUGUCAGACCAGGAGGAGAUCUACGUCUACCGGAUCCUGGCCCUGGUGGACUUCAGGGUGACGGACGGUCUGGUGGACCUGAGACUCUUUGCUGUGAUCGCCAGCCUGGCACAGAAGAUCGCAGCCAUGGACGACUUCAUGAGGUCGCUGGUCACCAACAUGGACCUUCGCUCGCUGGAAGUACGACUCUUCAAAGUCAAGCAACUCUUCCUGUUCCUCCUGGAGGAGCGGCGAGGCGAGGUGGGAUCUCUGCGAGGCGUCAUCAGCGCCGAGCAGUUUCUCCUGGAGCUGAAGGCAGGCGGGAUCCACCUGGAGGAGGAGGAGGUCGCCCUCAGACAGAAGCUCCAGAACCUUCCCCCUCUGGACCUGCUGGACUUCCUGGCCUACCUGCCGCUCUUCAUGCUCAUUCACAAGUCGGUCGUCGCCAACCCCCUGGACCACUCGGGUCCGGUCUGAUCUCCGACCUCAGGUCCUGGUCCUGGUCCUGGUCUGGCGCAGUAUGCCACCUGGUGAGGAUCACUAAGUUCCCAGAGCAGCAGCGUUGCUGUCUGUGGUGCUGAAGUCACUUUUCCCUGAUGUUGAUACACACUGAUGUCGCUUUUUGAUGCAGUACCGCCUGAGGGAUCGAAGGUCUGUAAUGCAGUGAUUUCUCCAGAUUCUCUGAACCUUUUGAUGAUAUUACGGACCAUGGAUGGUAAAAUCCUUUAUUCCUUGCAAUAGCUGGUUGAGAAAUGUUGUUCUUAAGCAAUUUGCUCACGCAUUUGUCGACAAAGUGGUGACCCUCGCCCUGUCCUUGUAUGUGAACGACUGAGCAUUUCACAGAAGCUGCUUUUAUACCCAAUCAUGGCACCCACCUGUUCCCAAUUAGCCGUGUCACCUGCGGGAUGUUCCACAUAAGCGUUUGAUGAGCAUUCCUCAACUUUCUCAGUCUUUUUUGCCACUUGUGCCACCUUUUUUUGAAACAUGUUGCAGGCAUCUAAUUCCAAAUGAGCUAAUACUUGAAAUAUCUUGU